AUGCCCGUCCAGCUGGAUAUAACCCCCGCCGAUAAGGAACACAUACUGCAAAAUUUCUUCCGCAAUACUUCGGUACAGUUCAAAAUUAUCUCCACGCACACGUCCAAAUUCGGCGAACAGCGAGCGGGCUAUUUGGGCGAUCAUUUUCUGCUCACAUUCAACGUUAUAGUGACGUCAUCCGAAAGCGACGACCCAACCGUCCAGGAGAUCAAACUAUUCGUCAAGGCACUGCCGCAGGCGAUUCCAUCGCUGGCCACUUACUUGCAGGAGACGAACGCCUUUUCCAAGGAAGCGCAACUGUUCCGAGAAUUGAUUCCCCGGUUGCAGGCUCUGGGUCGCUUCGGGCCGGAGGCACUGUUUGCGCAGAGUGAUGAAUUGAUAGUUUUCCGUAAUUUGAAACUGGAAGGUUUUCGAACGCUACAGCACAAUGAUGGAUUGCUGGAUUUGAUUCACUUGGAACAAACCCUUCGGGUGCUGGCUCGAAUGCAUGCGACUUCUUUUGCGCUGGAAGCACAAAGCGGCCAAACGCUGAGCGACUUGUUUCCAGGCCGUUUGGAUGAAAAUUCUUGGAUUCUGAAGGAAAAUUACCCACGGGUCAAGGAGCUGGAGAACAUCAUCGGUGCGCUCUGUGCGUUGGUGAAACAUUACGAGAAGAAUGGUAAAAGGAGGGAUAAAUUGGUGGGAUGUCUACCGGAGUGCGUUCGUCAGAUCUACGAACUGGUGAAGUCAUCCGAAGUGUACAGGAACGUAUUUAGUCAUGCUGAUUUGUGGAACAAUAAUGUUAUGUUCCGUUACUCGGAGCAUGGCAGUCCGGUGGAUUGUUUGUUGGUGGAUUUCCAACUAGCUCGGUACGUUCCUCCGGCGUACGAUUUCAAUAUGUUGCUAAGCCUUACAACGACGAGCAGCUUUCGAAGGAAGCAUUUGAGCUUUCUACAAGGAUAUUACUAUCAAUCAUUGAGGAAGGAACUUACUCGACAUGAGAUAACGGUUGAAGAGAUCCUAACUCAGGAUGAAUUCCAGGAUGCAUGUCAACUGUACCGGAAGGCCGGAGCGAUCGAUAGCUUCAUCAUCAAUCACGUCACGCUGCUACCGAGGGAUAUUUUGGACGAAGUGUUCUCUUCGCCUGAGCAAUACGAACGCUUCACGGGAGAAUCUAAGAUCACGGAAUGCUUGAAAGCUUUCGAUGGCAAUCUGAGCUAUCGCACUCGAAUGGUUGAUAUAAUUGAAAAUGUCGUAGAAACAUUCGAGUUACAGUAAACCGAUCUGCUUUAAGAAAUUCUUUUCGUUCUAUCAAGUA